AUGGGAGGCACCAGGAGGUUAAGAGCAUUCAAGAGAUGGAUGAAAGCCAACGGAGUUGAUUGCAGCGAUGCUCUCAAUCUCGUCGACGACCACAACGACGGCGUAUCCGUGAGAGCGUUCGUCGAUCUAAAGGAAGGAGAUGUCGUCGCCAACAUCUCCAAACCCGCUUGUCUCACAAUUAAAACCAGCGCGGCUCGCGGGAUGAUCGAAUCCGCUGAUUUAGACGGAAGCUUAGGUCUCUCCGUGGCUCUCAUGUACGAGAGAAGCUUGGGUGAAGAAUCCCCUUGGUCUGGGUAUCUUCAGAUCCUUCCUUUUCAAGAGGAUUUGCCUCUCGUUUGGUCCAUUGACGACUUUGACUCUCUCUUAUCCGGAACCGAGCUUCAUAAGGUGGUGAAGGAAGAUCAUGGUCUCAUACUUGAGGAUUGGGAAGAAAGCAUUAAGCCACUUACAUCUUCACUGCCUACAAAUGUUGAUCCUGAUUCGUUUGGAAUCAAAGCGUAUCUCGCGGCUAAGAGUCUAAUUGCUUCUCGGUCUUUCCAGAUUGAUGACUAUCAUGGAUCCGGGAUGGUUCCUCUUGCAGACCUCUUCAAUCAUAAAACUGGAGCGGAAGACGUUCAUUUCACCGCUGAAUCAUCUCACAGUGAGUCCGAUACCGAAACUGAUGAAAGUGAGGACGCUGAUGAAGACGAGCCUUCAAGUACAAGUUCUCCCUCGCCUGAGCAUUCUUUUGAGGAUGUUCCUGGUGAAAUCACUGACGACCAAGCCAAAGAAGAAGAAGAAGAUGAAGAAGAAAACUCUUCGGUGUUGCAAGAUGAUCAAUCCGGUUUAAAAAUGAUUAUGGUUAAGAAUGUCCCUGCUGGAGCUGAGGUGUUCAAUACAUAUGGUUUGAUGGGUAACGCUGCGUUACUCCACAGAUACGGAUUUACAGAGCUCGAUAACCCUUACGACAUAGUCAACAUUGAUCUUGAAUUAGUAACCGAGUGGAGCUCAUCCUCGUUCACAAGCCGGCACACUCGAGCUAGGCUCGCCUUUUGGAGGAAACUUGGUUACUCAGGUUGCGAGAGCCAAAACUCUGAAUAUUUCGAGGUUUCUUCCACCGGAGAACCACAAUCCGAGCUCCUGAUCCUACUCUAUCUACUCCUCUUACCAGAGGACGCAUACAAUAAACUCGACGUAGCUACAUCAACUACAGAAGCUUGUCCUGAGAUAACAGUUGGGAAACACAAGUUCGUGCUUGGCCAAAGCGGCAGCGAGGGCAGUGAUGUUGAUGUUCUUGUCACGGAUGGUGUUGGUGAAGCUCUUCUUGCUAUUGUGGAGAAGAGAGAGAGUUUAUAUGGCUCGUUGACGUCUUUGGAGGAUGACAUUGUGAGGCUGGAGGCUUGUCUGCUUCCGAGAGACAGGAGAUUGUACCAUUCGUUGGUGUUGCGUGUGAGUGAGAGGAGGAUUCUGGAGAAGCUUAGGAGCUAUAUUCGUAAAAGGGUUGAUAAGUUUCCCGGUGGAAAACGCCGGAAGAAGAUGAUGACUCCUAAAUCCUAG